UUGCAUCUAUGCAGCUUCUUCAACUACGUUAGGGUUUGCACUUGAUAUUCAAUAGUUGUCCAAAAUCUCCCAUUUUUAUACUGCAAACUCUCAAAACUUCGAAAUUUGUCGUACAAAACUUUCAAUCUUUAUGUUGCAUUCGUAUGCAUAAAUAAACAAACCUCAAACAUCACAGGCAUGGUGGCAUGGUGCUUCCUUUUGCCAAAUACAUUCUAUCACAAAACCCCUUUGUCAAAAAAAAUUCUCAUUUACAAUUCAUUCUUCAAGGACAUGUCUUCUUCCACCAAUUGAAUUCAUUUUCGCAAAAAAUUUCAACUUCCAGCCACUGUGAGAGAUUAUCAUGGGAACGUUCCACCGAACAAAUUCUAUUGAGUAAGCUUAAACUUGCUUUAAGGAAUCAUCAAUUGCAAGAAGCAUUGGAAACAUUUCAUGAUUUUAGAACCCUUUAUGGUUACCCUGAAGUUAAUUUAUUGAACCAGUUUAUUGUUCAGUUGUGUUAUUCUUCCAAUCAUGUUUGGGUUAGAAAGUCAUCUGAUUUAGCUUUGAAAAUUGUUGAAGAGAAAUCAUGUUUGCUUCAUGUUGAUACAUUAACAAAACUUGCACUUUCUCUUGCUAGAAUGCAAAUGCCAUCACCUGCUUCUGUUAUACUCAGGUUAAUGCUUAACAAAGGGUGUGUGCCAAGUAUGCAUUUAUUGUCCUUGAUUGUUUUUCAUAUUGUGAACACGGAUAUUGGAACGCAUCUUGCAUCUAAUUAUUUGUCUCAAGUUUGUGAUUUUUAUAAUUGCUUGGAUGAUAAAAAGGCUCAUCAUGCAAUUUUGUUGAAGCCGGAUACUUUGGUAUUUAACCUUGUUCUUGAUGCUUGUGUGAGGUUUAAGUUGUCUUUGAAAGGUUUGUGUUUGAUUGAGUUAAUGGCACUGACCGGGAUAGUGGCUGAUGCACACUCGAUUGUGAUAAUUUCGCAGAUCUUAGAGAUGAAUGGUCUGGGAGAUGAAAUGAUGGAAUUGAAAUGUCAUAUUGAUGGAGUUUCGGCUUCUUAUGUUCGGCAUUAUCGUCUGUUCUAUGAUAGUUUGUUGAGUUUGCACUUCAAAUUUAAUGAUAUAGAUGCUGCAGUUAAGCUUGUUUUGGAUAUGAAUAGCUCACACAAUCGUCACAAUAAUAAAGAAUAUAAGAAUCACUUACAAUUACAAAAGCCUUGCUUUAUUGCUAUUGGAUCGUCUAACCUUAAGGAUGCUUUAAAGAUACAUAUAGAACCUGAGUUACUGCAGAAGGACUCUGUGCUUAAAGUGGAAGGUAGAGAAGUUCUUGUUUUUUAUAGGGGUGGGAAACUUGUUCUUAGUAACAGAGCUCUGGCUAAGUUUAUCAUUGGUUACAAGAAAGACAGUAGAAUUAGUGAACUUUCGAAACUUUUACUUAGCAUUCAAGGGGAACAAUAUUCAGUGGCAGGAUCCAGUUUAUGUUCUGAUGUGAUCAGUGCUUGCAUUCAGAUGGGAUGGCUUGAGUCUGCUCAUGACAUUUUGGACGAUGUAGCGGCUGCUGGGUCUCCAAUGGGCUGCGAUACAUAUACGUUACUCUUGUCGGCAUAUCAGAAGGGGGGAAUGCAAAGAGAAUCUAAGGCACUGCUAAAACAAAUGAAAAAGAUUAAUUUGCACAAAGAUUUGUGUAAUGAUGCUUUUGACAAAAACACCCUUUGUGAAGAAACAUCAAAUUCAGUUGGUAAAUCAGAUUUGGCUGUCGCCUUGGCUCAAAUUUCGAAAGAUGAAAAUCAAACAGUUAUUCCUUUGGUGUAUAACUUCAACUCUUCUAUAUUCUUUUUCUGCAAGGCAAGGAUGAUAGAGGAUGCACUGAGGGCAUAUAGAAGAAUGUGCGAAAUGAAAAUCCAACCGACAAGUCAAACUUUUGCUCAUCUUGUGCGUGGAUAUUCUUCUCUUGGUAUGUAUCGUGAAAUUACAUUCUUGUGGGGAGACAUCAAGAGAUUGAUGAAGAACAACAAUUUUGUUGUAAAUAGAGAUCUAGGUGAGUUAGUGCUGCUAAACUUCAUUCGAGGUGGUUACUUUGAGAGAGUGAUGGAGGUAAUUGGGCAUAUGAGAGACCGUAACAUGUACACUGAUAAGUCGAUGUACAAAAGCGAGUUCCUUAGGCUUCAUAAGAAUCUUUAUAGGAGUUUAAAAGCAUCAGAUACAAGAACUGAAGCACAGAGCAAAAGGCUUGAGCAUGUAAAAGAAUUUUUGAAAUGGGCUGGUAUAGAUGAAAUGUCUCGUAAAUAAUCGUGUGCUGACGAUCCUCCAUAUGCUUUUUGAAAUGGGCUGGCUUGAGCAUGGAAACCCUAGCACCGGUCCUAUACCGUGCUGGCUUGCCAACCGACAUAAAUGGGUUGUUUCAACUCUAAGCCAACAAGACAGUUUCCUGGGAAGGAGGAUCCAGUGAUUCUUGCAUCACAGACGGCAUGCUUUGAGGAAUUGGAGGAUAAUGGUAGUCACAUGUUUUGUGGACUGAUCAUAUCUUUAUUUCCUUCUGUUUUUUGUUUCUUGCUACCUUGCCUCAGCCUGAUGCAACUGAUAUUGCUGCACCUGAUCUAGCCAGAGUGUGGCAGGGUCCGACGUUAUCUUUCAGAAGAGCUGGAGGACCGGAUGAAUCAAUUCACUUACAUUAUUCAGCAGAAGUUUCUGUUAGGAGAAGAUCUCAAACAUGUAGAUUACUCAAAAAUAGAUAACGAUGAGACCCUUGACGGUCAUUGGCAGAAGAGAGAUGUUUUGCUGAUGAUUAAACUGUAUCAGCUUGGUAGUGUAGAACCAGAUGUGUAGAUAUUGGAUAACCUUUGUUUCCUUUGUUUGGCCAUCUUCAAAGAUGUACUGUACUUAAAUUAACAUUUGGUGUUUAUAAUAUAAGUUACUUGGUGUUUGUA